CCGUUGGCCGGUAGAUACGUAAAAUCUAACCGCGACUCUCGAGUUAGUGUCCGCGAGAAUUUGACCUUCGCAAAACUUUCCAUCUUCCCCUUGUUACCUGUCCCCCUGAUACUGGACUAACUCGCGAUGGAAUUUCGCACGUUUGUCAUGAUACUCUUGUGCGUAUCCUCGUCCUUUACUGAAGAUCAUGAGAAGUCCAAAAGUACUAAGCCGAUCGCUAACGAUGAAUCCGUUAAAGGAGGCGAGGAUGAUCCUCCAGAAGGAUAUUACGCGUUUGUCGAGUCGCCGAAUGCAGAACCGCCUAGAGUUCGACCACCGCCAUACAUCGAUAGCGACAAGGAAUGUUACGGUAACAAGGAAAAGCAAGGAAAGGGAAUUGUUUCGAUACAUAAUAUCUGCGGUGAUUUAAAUAAAGGCUACAUUCCGCGAAAUCCAAUGAAUCAAUAUGUAAACGGCUCGUCGUAUCCUUUCGCGCUGAUAAAGAAUCAUACCCUCAAAUUCCUCAGCAAGGCGUUGCCGAUCCUCAAAGCUGAUGACUCGUUACCUAAGGUCGCCAAAGUGCACCCAUUGUCGCAGAAUUCUGUCGAUAUGGACGAAGAAGAAACACACGGUAGAAAUAAAAGAUCUAACCCGGAUUUGACUUUAGCUAUGGAUACCAAUCGAAACGGCCGCAAGUUUUGCGAAAACGGUAGCGGAGUAGUGUGCAUGUUGUACAAAGCGAUCCAAGGUGAACCGAUUGCAUCAUCUUCGUCGGUUAUCGAACGUCGGGACGAACCUUCGACGUCCGAGUAUCGUCGAGGAGAACGUGUACCCUCGCAGGAGAAACCCGAGUAUACGGGUCCGCCGACGCCGUGUCCGGCCAAGGUCGAGUACGCGACCCCCGUCUUCGCCAAGAAUUACCAGGGUAUCUGGAGAUACGUGGUGCAGAUACCUUACGAGGGUUACUUCACGCAGACCAUCGAGCUCACCAGAUGCAUGCAAUCGAGAUGCCAUUAUCUGGACGGUGGAUGCUUGUCGUCACCGAGAUGGACGAGUUUGCUGGUGGCCGAGAUAUUUUAUCCGGACGCCCUCUUGGAGGAAAAUCAAGGGUCCAAUAUCGGGUCUGCGACCCGGGAUCCCGUGGCCGGGUCGCCGCCGCCAGUCCACGACUUCCAAAAUUACCAGCAAUAUCUGCAGAAACGCGCGACCACGGGAGAGGCGCGUAACAAUGGCGGCUCUCAGCAACAUCAUUGCGACGGUGUCGACGAAAUGGGUUGCUUCCAAGUACGAUUGUAUUACGAUUGGUUCUUGGUUCCGGGCAGCUGCAAAUGUUGGCGACCGGAUUACUUUAAUCGAUACGUCCGUCGCAGCAAUUCCAACGCCGAAUUAUGAUGAGUUUCACAUCCGAUGAGUUCCACAUCUCGAGAAGAUUUCACAAGAUUUUAUUUACUUCGUCGAGCGAUUAUUUUAAUCGCUGUUGCAUGAAGCCGCAAGGACAUUCAUCCAUCUAACGACAUUCUCAGCCAAGUCGUUUGAAAUAUCGCGCAUAGUCACGCGUUGACAUUUACCUAUUUAUAUGCGAAAUUUUAUUUAUUUAUGCAUGCGCUGUCGAUAAUUAUCCGGGACUAGUUUCUAAGCGCGAUAAUUUGUAGUAUUAUUAUAAUAUUAAAGUAUACACACACACACACACACACACACACACACAUAUAUAUAUUUUACAUACACAUAUAAAUACAUACAAAC